UGAAAGCCCCGCUCGCUCCGAUACAGGAAGUAGAAGGGAGCGAGCGCCCCAGAGCGCAGCGGCAGCUGCGGCCCGGCCCUUCCCGAGGGCCAGAGCCAGGGACGUGCGGGCGCCCGGGACUCCGCGUUCCGCGCGGCCCGGCGCCUGAGCUCCUCCGUUCCCCGUCCCGGAGCUGCUGGCGGCAUGAUCCGACACGCCGGGGCGCCCGCGCGCGGGGACCCCACGGGUCCCGUUCCAGUUGUUGGCAAAGGAGAGGAAGAGGAAGAGGAAGAUGGCAUGGGGCUUUGUCUGCCAGCCACCCCGAAGAACUGCCUUCCUCGCCGCCAGGGCAUCAGCAUCCUGGAGAAGCUCAUCAAAACAUGCCCGGUGUGGCUGCAGCUGAGUCUGGGCCAGGCAGAGGUGGCCAGGAUCCUGCACCGGGUGGUGGCCGGGAUGUUCCUGGUCCGCCGGGACAGCAGCUCGAAGCACCUGGUGCUCUGUGUCCACUUUCCUUCCCUGAACAAGAGCUUGGCCGAGGUGCUCGAAUACACCAUUAAGGAAGAAAAGUCGAUUUUGUACCUGGAAGGCUCAGCUCUUGUGUUUGAGGACAUCUUCAGACUGAUUGCGUUCUACUGUGUCAGUAGAGACUUACUGCCCUUCACACUGCGGCUGCCCCAGGCCAUCCUCGAGGCCAGCAGCUUCACGGACCUUGAGACCAUCGCCAACCUGGGUCUGGGUUUCUGGGACUCCUCGCUGAAUCCUCCACAAGAAAGAGGGAAGCCAGCAGAGCCUCCAAGAGACCGGGCCCCCGGAUCCCCGCAAAUCUCCAGCCUCAGGCCCACAGCCCAUGACGCAAACUGUGCCUGUGAAAUCGAGAUGUCGGUAGGAAAUGACCGCCUGUGGUUUGUGAAUCCUAUUUUCAUCGAGGACUGCAGCAGCGCCCUGCCCAGCAACCAGCCACCUCUUGGAAGCUGCCCUGCACACCCCUUGCCACCCACGUCUGAUACUACCUCACCCACCUCCAGGUGGGCCCCACGCCGCCCACCACCUCCUCCCCCAGUGCUGCCCCUGCAGCCCUCCAGCCCAGCCCAGCCCCCUCUGCUCCCUGCUUCUGCACCUGCCCCUGCCUGUCCUUUGCCCACCUCUCCCCCAGUGCCUGCCCCCCACGUCACACCCCAUGCCCCAGGUCCCCCAGACCAUCCGAGCCAGCCGCCCAUAACGGCCUGUGAGAGACUCCCAUGCCCCACUGCAGGCCUGGGCCCCCUCAGGGAGGAAGCGAUGAAACCAGGGGCAGCCUCCAGUCCCUUGCAGCAGGCCUCCCCCCCGCCACUGCCUGCGAAGAAGAACCUUCCCACUGCCCCUCCCAGACGCCGCGUUUCUGAGAGGGUGUCCUUAGAAGACCAAAGUCCGGGGAUGGCAGCAGAGGGGGACCAGCUCAUCCUGCCUCCCCAAGGGACCUCAGACAGUCCUGAGGACACGCCCUGGGGGAGCACGGAGCAAGGCCAGAACACAGAGGCGAAAGCCAGCGAUCCUGACAGCAUGCCGGAGCUGCCCAGGAAGGCCAAACAACCCCCAGUCCCACCCCCCAGGAAGAAACGGAUCUCUCGACAACUGGCCUCGACCCUCCCAGCUCCCUUAGAGAACGCUGAGCUCUGCACACAGGCGAUGGCCUUGGAGACACCCACGCCGGGUCCACCCAGAGAGGGCCAAAGCCCUGCUUCUCAGGCUGGGACUCAGCACCCUCAGGCCCAGGCCAUUGCCCAUUCCCAGAGCUCUCCAGAGUUCAAGGGCUCCCUGGCCUCCCUCUCAGAUAGCUUGGGGGUGUCUGUCAUGGCCACCGACCAGGACUCCUACUCCACUAGCAGCACGGAGGAGGAGCUGGAGCAGUUCAGCAGCCCCAGCGUGAAGAAGAAGCCCUCCAUGAUCCUGGGCAAGGCCCGGCACCGGCUGAGCUUUGCCAGUUUCAGCAGCAUGUUCCACGCUUUCCUCUCCAACAACCGCAAGCUGUACAAGAAGGUGGUGGAGCUGGCGCAGGACAAGGCCUCGUACUUUGGCAGUCUGGUGCAGGACUAUAAGGUGUACAGCCUGGAGAUGAUGGCGCGCCAGACCUCCAGCACAGAGAUGCUGCAGGAGAUUCGCACCAUGAUGACCCAGCUCAAGAGCUACCUGCUGCAGAGCACCGAGCUCAAGGCCCUGGUGGACCCCACCCUGCACUCUGAGGAGGAGCUCGAAGCAAUUGUAGAGUCCGCCUUGUACAAAUGUGUCCUGAAGCCCCUGAAGGAAGCCAUCAACUCAUGCCUGCAUGAGAUCCACAGCAAGGACGGUUCGCUGCAGCAGCUCAAGGAGAACCAGCUAGUGAUCCUGGCCACCACCACCACCGACCUAGGCGUGACCACCAGCGUGCCGGAGGUGCCCAUGAUGGAGAAGAUCCUGCAGAAGUUCGCCGGCAUGCACAAGGCCUACUCACCCGAGAAGAAGAUCUCCAUCCUGCUCAAGACCUGCAAACUCAUCUACGACUCCAUGGCCCUCGGCAACCCAGGGAAGCCCUAUGGGGCGGAUGACUUCCUGCCUGUGCUCAUGUAUGUGCUGGCCCGCAGCAACCUCACGGAGAUGCUUCUCAAUGUGGAGUACAUGAUGGAGCUCAUGGACCCCGCCCUGCAGCUGGGGGAGGGUUCCUACUAUCUGACCACCACCUACGGGGCCCUGGAGCACAUCAAGAACUACGACAAGAUCACGGUGACCCGGCAGCUAAGCGUGGAGGUGCAGGACUCCAUCCAUCGCUGGGAGCGCCGGCGUACGCUCAACAAGGCCCGUGCCUCCCGCUCCUCCGUGCAGGGACUCCGAGUCGCCUCUUCAUCUCCCAGAACGGUCGGCCCAGCUGGGAAGCCAGGCUCGCGGCAGAGACUGGAAAGACGCAGGACUUCAUCUGCGUGUCGUACCUGGAGCCCGAGCAGCAGGCGCGGACGCUGGCGUCGCGGGCGGACACCCCAGCCCAGGCGCUGUGCGCGCAGUGCGCGGAGAAGUUCGCAGUGGCUCGGCCGCAGGCGCAUCGGCUGUUCGUGCUGGUGGAUGGGCGCUGCUUCCAGCUGGCGGACGACGCGCUGCCGCACCGCAUCAAGGGCUACCUGCUGCGCAGCGAGCCCAAGCGCGACUUCCAUUUUGUCUACCGGCCCCUGGACGGUGGCGGCGGCGGCGGGAGCCCACCCUGCCUGGUGGUGCGGGAGCCCAACUUCCUGUGAGUCCCUCCCGGGUCGCCUUCCCUCACCCCCAGGCGCGCAUCUGGCUCUGCCUCUGGCUGCGCACUCCCGACAGCGACGUCCACGCAGCACAGGGACAUGGGCCAUUCCAUGACGUGCCCAGGCCAACGUCGCAGGACAGUUGUGAAAAUAACGUGACGCGCGGCCAAGACCACUUCCUGAGGGCAAGUCAUAGAGCACUGAGACACUGAGAGGCCAUGUUCUUCAUGAGACAGAAAGGGAAACUGAGACUCAGAGAGGAGAGAGGCGCUCCAGGCCGCUGCAGCCGACAAACCCGCGCCCUCUUCACACGCAGCUCCUUAGGCCAUUCCCCAUGAGUCCCCCACACCCACCCUAUCCUCGGUCUUUACAAAGACGGGCCCGAGCUUAGUUUCCCCAGGACUGGCCAAGGAAGGGGCACUGGCCACAGCUGCUCCCCGCGCCCCUCAGGGUGGACCCAGCAUCUCAGGAGCACCUCAGGGUGUGGGUUAAGAGACAGGCCUCCACCCCUGCACCAGAGCCUGUCCUUAGCUCCCAGUGCCCCCAGACCCCGCAGCUCUGUGCCCCGCAAGAAGCAGCCAGACACACGCCGGGGCGCCAAGCAGGGCCAGCUCCAUGGACCCAUGGACAAGCCCAGCCCCGCCUCAGGGAAAACAGGGCCUUUCCCUACAGGACACGCCCCAGAGCUGUGGCAGAUUGCAGGAGCCAUCGCGUGGGGAGAAUUUAAUAAAAAUCCCUUUUGAAAAUGA